UGUCCCGUAUCUGGGGCUUGAUAACAACGGCAUUUAUCUUUCAGUGGCCAAGUUCAGGGAUCAACAGAAAUAUAUCGACUCUCACAACUCAGAAUUGCUCCCUCCCAGCGCUCCCAAAUGUGUGAGCAGAUAGCUGAAGGAGUGGCACAUGCGCAUGAGAAGGGCGUGAUACACUCGGAUUUGCGACCAGAAAAUAUCCUAGUUGAUCAAGUCCAUGGAUCAUUUGUAAGCAUCUGGCUCUGUGAUUUCAGCGGGUCAUUUUGUACAAAGCUAGGUUUGGAUGGCGGUCACUUGCCCGACACACCUUUUUUGACCCUCGAAUGCCGUGGGAAUCGACGCCUGCGACUGAUAUUUUCAGUCUAGGGUCUAUCUUUUACACCAUUCAGACGGGAUAUUGGUUAUAUAGGAGCAAGCCCCCGCAAUGGAGCUCAAUGGCAGAAAAACACUUUGCUAGUCAAUGACCUCCACUGGGGACUCGCUCCCCUAA